AUGGAGCUUAACAUUAGUUGGCCUAUGCUAGUUGGAGUGGCGUUUGCCUACUACGGAACCCUUAUUUUCUAUCGGCUGUUCUUUCACCCUCUGGCCUGUUUUCCCGGCCCCAAAUUAGCAGCUAUCUCUCGCUGGUAUGAAGCAUACUACGAUGUUAUUCUUGGUGGCCAGUAUACUAUGAAGAUUGCUGAAUUACACAAAAUAUAUGGCCCCAUCAUUCGCAUUAGUCCGUAUGAGUUACAUGUCAUUGACCCAGCAUUUUUCGAGACGCUCUAUCGCUUGGAUGGCCGCUGGGAUAAGUAUGCCUGGGCAUAUGACGCCUUUGGAGCCAAAACCUCCACUAUAUUUGGCUCAGACCACUAUGCCCAUAAAUCUCGUCGCCGUGCUAUUGCCCCAUUUUUUUCGAAACUAAACAUUGUUGCCAGGCAAAAUCUGCUACACCGAAAUAUUGAGAAGCUCUGUCAGCGCAUUUCCACUUUCAAAGGAACCACUGUUAACUUAGGCGCGGCUAUUAGUGCGUUUUCUCGAGAUAAUGCCAAUGAGUUCAUUGUUGGCAAAGAGUAUAAUGAACUUGAUUUAGAAGACUUUGGUAUUGGAUUAUCACUGGCGUCUCAGGGCGCGGGGGUAUUCUGGCGUACGACUAAGCAUAUACGCUGGUUUGGACCCUUAAUGAGAGCGAUACCCAUUAACUGGGCCAAGAAGAUGGCAGAUGAAAAUACUCAGGCUUUCCUCCGUUAUCUUCAGCAAUCAGAACAAGAUACACGAGAUACAUUGGCGGCUUCAGUAUCCCCUUCUCCUAAUAUUAAGGUUAAGGAUACUAUAGUUUACGCAAUUACUCAUUCUGACCUUCCUCCAGCCGAUAAAACUUUUGAUCGCAUUUUUGAAGAACUAGCUACUAUUACUGGUGCAGGAUUUGAAACGAUAUCUAAUACCCUAAGAGAAGAAAUUAACAAAGCAUCUACUACAUCUUCUAAGCCAGUCGCAUUAAAGCAGCUAGAGAAGCUACCCUAUCUCACGGCCGUCUUAACGGAAGGUUUACGCCUUAGUCCUGGAGUAGCCACACGAGCAGCACGCAUUACAGAUAAGGAUCUCUUCUAUGAAAACUGGCGUAUUCCCGCCGGAACUCCGAUUGGUAUGACUACUAUAUUGAUACAUACCAAUGAAAAGUUAUAUCCCGAUCCAAUGCGUUUUAACCCAGAGAGAUGGAUGGAACCGACCUAUAUGAAAACAACCUCGACAUUUGCACCGUUCUCACGAGGAACUAGAACAUGUCUCGGCAUGCACCUUGCCUGGGCUGAGAUGUACUUACUUCUCGCUGCCCUAGUUCAGGAGUUCAACUUCACAAUCAAAGAUGCCACAGCCUGCGACUUUGAGUUAGACAAGGAUAAUUUUGGCAUUGGUGUCAGGGUAACAUGUAAUCUAAUGGCACAUGUUACGCUGCAUGAAGGCUGA